AUGAUCAAACAGGCUAGUGAAUUCCAGGAAUGGCUACGAAAGCUGAAGAGAAUCGUAGCGUUGGUUGGUGCUGGGCUUUCGGCAUCGUCGGGUCUACCGGUUUUCCGUGGCUCGCAAGGACUCUGGAAAAACUUCAACAUGAUUGACUUGGCUACGCCAGAUGCUUUCUACAUUGACCCGGGUCUUGUUUGGCAAUUCUAUGCCUGGAGAAGACACAUGGCACUUAAGGCACAGCCCAAUGCUGGACACAAAGCUCUAGCGGCGCUCUCCCACGACACAAGUAAGGAGUUCCUCACAAUCACUCAGAACGUUGAUGGACUUCUGGCAAGAGCAGGACAUCGUCAGCGACAUCUAUACGAGAUCCACGGGUCUCUCUUUGAGCUACGGUGUACCAGCUUCACUUGUACCCAUAGGGAGAAGAACUAUGAAGAUCCGCUCACAGAGGCACUCAAUUGCGAGGAGGAAGACGAAAUCAUCGAGCCUUACCAAGCAGACGGUCUGCUGCCGCAGUUCAGUCCGACAAAAGAGCUUUCUCCGAAGGAACUACCGUUGUGUCCGGUUUGCGGUACGCUAAUGCGUCCCGGUGUGGUUUGGUUUGGUGAGUCUCUCCCAUUGCGUGCUCUAGAUGGAAUUGAUAACUUUCUCGAGUCAGGUCCAGUCGACUUGAUACUUGUUAUAGGUACUAGCGGGACGGUGUACCCGGCAAAUGGUUAUGUGGAAAGAGUUCGCCAGCUUGGAGGAAAAGUUGCCAUUUUCAAUACGGAUAUCGAGGAAGAGGUUUUGGCAGGGGAGGUUGCGGAUACCUGGGGAUUUCAAGGAGACGCAGCCGAAUUGUUACCCAAAAUGCUACAGUGA